AUGCCGACGGUAAGCCAAGUCAGCAACGCCACGACCGUUUCCAUCGGGCCGCUGGAGUUCGACGAGCACGAUCUUCGCUACCGAGUGUGUCGAUGUGUGCAUUGUCAACGUGCCAUCGUUCUGUGCGCGAGCUUGGGUAUUGUGUUGGUUUUGGCGACUUUUUCGAUUUGUUUGACCAUGAUGAAGGUGACGACGGACAGUAUGGUUGAGAUUACGACGUUGACCGGGCUCACCGUCUUCUUGUUUUCUGGGAUCUUUGCUCAUGGAUGUGUGUUCUAUUCGGUUAAAAAACAAAGUGUAAGUUGUGUUGGCUUGGGCCCUAGCCCUGACUUUGGUUGCAGUCCUAUCACUAGCCGUACCGCUAGCUCUUGCUCUAGAACUAGUCCCAACUCAAUUCCUAAAUAAUUAUUAUAUCAAACCUGUUUCAGGUAUCAUAUCUCCAACCAUUCCUGAUUCUACAUAUCUUUUUUAUUAUCGUCGAGUUUACCAUGGCCUUAACCGCAGUCGGAGAGUUAGUGACAGAUAAUAGUAAUUCAAUUGAUGAUAGCGACAUAUUUGCUCGAAAAGUUUUGGAAAUUGUGCCUUUUACGAUUGCGUGGAGUGUUGUUAUGGUAUCGAUUGGAGUGAAAUACAAAAAAUAUUUGAUCAACAAGAUUAAUUCAGCUAAUGGUAUUGGAUCAGUAAGUCAUUUUGUUAUUGUAGACUGGGUAGUUCAUUGGGUAGAAAGUUUAAACAGAGGAUGGAGUAGAUCGAGCAGUGUUUUUUAGAGGUGGCAUGUAGGGGGGGGGGGGGGCUACAAGGUUCAAUAGCCUAUAAUAAAUUGUUUUUUGGAAAAAUGGUCGGAAGCUAAAGUAAGGCUAGAGUAGGAUAAGUAGGGAUAUUGAUAAAGCUAUGUUAGAGCUUGGUCUAGCGCUAGGGCUAAGGUUUUUCGCUAAGGCUAUGGACUAGGGCUCUAUGCUACGAGUCUAGGCUUUGGGCUAAGACGCUAGGCUAGGGUUCUGAGCUAAUCUUUCAAAAUCUCUUUGCUAGGGCUCCUUGGUAAUUUUAUCUUUUUCAAAAAAAUCUUUCAUUUUGAGUACAUAUCGCUUAUAAACUUAAUUAUAUCGUAUUAAAAAUCUAUCAAAGUACCAUAAAGGCUACUGCAGAUUUUUUACAAUUUUUUAAAACUUUUUUAGAUGGUAACACCGAUUGUAAUGCACCGACCUCAAACACCUCAAGAAUGCUCAAAAUCAAGUGAUUGUGUAGCUUGA